AUGACAUCGACUACCGACCCGCCGAUGUCGCUGGCCGAGCUGCCACUCGAUGUCUUGACGAACUGCAUCCUCCCCCACCUGGAUGCCACGAGCUUCAUGGCGCUCUGUCGCACCUGCAAAGCCUUCUACGAAUCCUCAUUCCGCCAAGACGCAACUUUCUGGAGAACCGCUGCACAAUCGACCUUUAGGAUUGCUGAGCGCCCUGCCAAGGUUGCCGAUGGUGCCCACUGGCAGAAGCUCUACAGGAAUCUCGUGCACAACACCCGCGCCUACACUUGGGGCGAAAACUCACGUGGUGCUUUGGGCCAAGAGGACCCGGAAGAGGAUCCGUCGCCGCCACCGCCUCGCCGGGGCAUGAUGAGGGGUAGGGGUCCUAUUCUGAGGCGUGGUCGCCCUCAGGCUGCCAGGCAGAUUCAGGAACGCCCUUAUCCCUUUGAGAUGUUCAAGUCGAAGGAUCUUGGUAUUAUUGCUGACCUUCAGUGUGGCGGCUGGUCUACUACUCUGCUCAACUCCAAAGGAGUUCUCUUUUCCGUUGGCACCCUUGAUGGUCUCACAUUUUCCACGGAUCAGUCUCGCGUUCUUUCUCCGCUCCAAUACCCAGCAGGGUUCCCGCGCUCGACUGAUCGCUAUGAUCCAUCGACCGCCAUCAAGCAGUUCUCUUCUGGCAGGUCUCAUAUUCUCGGCCUCUCGGAUAGUGGUAAAAUCUGGUCGUGGCACUCGAUGAACGAGCCUGCCUGGAAUAUCGCGUUCGCUGAGCGUGACAUCGCAGAGAAGGCCCCAGCCCACGGAGAGACUUCCCACCUCCAUCGCAACCAGUCCAUCUCUCUGAGGAGCGGAUCUGUGCGCCGAGUCGUCGGUGGGUGGAGCGUCAGCUCUGCCUACAUUAACGGUACAGGAAUCGUGCUCUGGUCCCCCGCUAAUCGCAAGCACUACGGUUCAGAGCUUGGCAAUGAUACCUUGAUCAUCCAGCACACUGUACCUGUGCCCAAGACGAGCUACAUCCGACCUGCCAGGAGCGCUCGGGAUCCUGAUGAUGCGGCACGCGAGCUUGGCCAGACGAUCGGCGAAGUCAUCAAUCACGUCAUUCUCGAACAUUUUGUUCUCUUCGUCACCGACCUGGGCAAGUUCUUCGCUGCACGCAUGACUUGGAACGAGAGAGACACCACUGGACAUGUCGAAGACAUCGUUGAGAUUACGGCUCUACGCGCGGACCAAGACGCCGUCCAGAGGCGUGCACAAAAGAUUGACAUCCAGGGAGCGUUCAGAUCAUUUGCUGCAUUCAAGAAUGAUGGUGAAGUCAUCACCGGCACGCAAGACUACCUGGAGGCAUGCUGGGACCUCCGUCUGUCAAACGAGACCCCUGAUGCAACCAAUCUCAAGAGGAUCCCAGCCCUUCAGAACUCCGGUGUGAUCUCGAUGGCCUUUGGAGACUACCACUACCAUGCGCUGCACUCUAACGGAACCAUCACCUCGUAUGGCAGAGAGUCCAAGCGUUGCGGAGCGCUUGGCCUUGGCGGCUAUGGCGAAGCUGAGAGCCGUUUGAGAGGCCUUGUCCAAAUCGGAGACAGCAGGGCCUUGUGUCAGCAUGGCUACACUACGGGCCGUAAGAUCUUAUUCAAUGACGUCAAUCGACAAUGGAUUAAGUUCCUGUCAUCUGGGGGGGUGGAUGUGGCGGAAGCUCAGGACCGAAUGAGGAUGACGAUACGCGAUGCGACUGCUCUGGGAGAGGUCAGCGAGUGGAUCGAGCAGCAGGGUUCUGGCUGGGACAAGGAACCUGCAAUUGCAGCCGCCGAUGAAGACGGGCUCGGUACCCACUAUGCCUUGAGCGUUGCUGCGGCUGGAUGGCAUAGUGGAGCAUUGGUGCUUGUCAACGACGAGCUGUCUAAGAAGCUGGAGGAAUCUUGCAUCCUGAAAGAAGAGAGUGCUUUCAGCAAGUUCGGCCCAAACCCAUCUGAAUUCAAUGCUCCUUGGAACCAUGGCGCCGCGGUGGAGGAGGGCGUGUGGUACAAGUGGGCACGCGACCACUUCCCGAGGUUGCAAUUGUCCAAUGGCGAGCAGAUGCCCGGUAACGACGACGUUCCAUUCGACGAAUGGAAGAGCCCGAGGCCGGAUUUCGUGUUGGACCAAGGCUUCGAAUAA